UCCGCCAUCUUAAGGGCUUUGGAGGCUCGAGAACGGCAACAUAUACUCGACUCAGUCAGGACAAUUCGUGGAAAGCAGCUUGGUCAAUUCAUCAGGACGGAGAAUCUCCGAGGCAAAAAAAAAUCAUGGCGUGUGGUGAAACGGUGGAAAGAAUGCCAGAAGCGUAUAGAAACUUAUUGAGGGAAGUGAAGGUCCAACUGGCAAACGACAUGGAACCGGGAAAGGUGUUGCUGAGGAUGUCGCCUUCUUUAGUAUUUAGUACGGACGACGAAGAGAUUAUAGAAGCAGAAAAUACACGUAUGAAUAAAAAUAAAAGGUUGUUGGAGAUCUUAAUGAGAAAACCUGCGAAAGCAUACGAAUCCUUCAAAGAGGCACUUAGAGCAGAUCAGCCACAUCUUGCAGGUUUGAUUGAUAACGCUGAAAUUUCUAAUAAGGCGUUUCAAAAAGCAAAAGACGAACUAGAAAGAAAGAAAGGAUUUCAGGAAGCAGGAUCACAAUCAGAAAAUGAGGAUGCAAAAUCUCAAGCAAGAGGCCAACCAGCAAGGGACAAAGAAGUACGAAAACAAGCUUCUCGAAUAGAGCAAAGUUCUGAGACAUCUCAAGCGACAACCCAACCAGCAAGUGGGAUUAUAGAUACUCAGUUAAGUUGCUCUUCCUCCGACAAGCCUAAAACUGUUUUGCAAGAAAAUGAGGACGCAAAAUCUCAACGAAGAGGCCAACCAGCAAGGGAGAAAGUAGUACCAGAUGUAGUACAGUCUUCAAUAUGCUCAAUACUCUAAUAAAGGAGGCUACAAUAAGCCACUCAGAAUCCGCGUUAGAACGGUUCAAGUAAUCUGAUUGGUUGAACAAGACUGAAGCUGUCAAAAAUUUCAAAGCAUCAAAGUUCACAAGGCAUCAAAGUUCACAGUCUUGCACAUUUCUUUCAUAAAGAAAUAGUUUGGCCGCCAUACAAUUUCUUUGGCGUCCCAAAAGGACUCGGAUGUGUCGCUGAAUUCUGGGCGAUGUGGGCUCAAUUUAAAGCUUUUCCUAAAGGUCUUUUAAUCUUGAUAUGGAAUCUGAACUAGCCGCGAUGGACCUCAACGUGAUCGCAGUCUCUUUGAUAUGGUCAUGAUUUGCUUGAAUUUUUAACAGUUAUACCAGUUUAGAUAUAAUUUUAUGCUUCAUUAUGCCUGUUUGUU